AUGCUUUCGCGAAGGCUGCUCCUUCAAAGGGGCCAAGCAAAGGCGGGCUGCUCUCUUGUCAUUUUCAAGGAAAACGUUGGUGCGUGGAUGCCAUCCAACGAUGCCCCCGUCAAGGCUUGUUGCUCUCUGAGUGAGAUCAUCAGGAUGGGCGGCCUCGCGGCGAAGUUGGAGAAGUGCCAAUGCGGCGAUGCCAGCAAGCGCUUGCGGUCGAGCAGUGCGCUGCGUGGCAACGACGACAAUGGUGGCGAACCCUCAUCGCCUGCUGAGCGGCUAGUCACGCCACUUGCUAAGCUUCUUACGUCGGCUGUCGGACGCCACCUUUGCUUAUCUACAACUCAUUGUGGAAGCAGCAAAGGGGAGAAAGCAACUUCCCUCGCAGCCCAGUGUUACAUCAUGACCAUUAGCCACGCGCAGAUGCUGCUGCUGCUCUGCCCGACGCUGUGUAAAGAGGCCAAGCUCGGCGACGGUGGCGGUUUUAUUCAAUGCGCAAAGGUGUGCAGGUCGUGA